GGGGCAGCGCAGGUGGACUGGACGUACAUUUCAGAUCUCAGACGAUAUUGGGGUGAUAAUUUGGGUGUAGAGUGUAUACUAAUUAGAAGGCGAGGAAGACAUUGUGCACACGUGAAUCACACUAUUGUCUCGACCGACCAGCAGCUGAGUAACCGGCAUGGAGAUGAGUGCUGCCAUGUUUGCCCGUGUAUCCUUCUACCCCACCCUGCUCUACAAUGUCCUGAUGGAGAAGGCUUCCGCCAGGAAUUGGUACGACCGCAUUGAUGACACCGUCAUACUCGGAGCACUCCCCUUUCGGAAUCAAGCCAAUGACUUGAUUGAGAAGGAGAACAUGAAGGCUGUGGUGUCCAUGAACGAGGACUAUGAGCUGACGGCCUUCUCCAACAAUACGGAAAAGUGGAGGAAACUGGGCGUCGAGUUCCUACAGCUGGCCACCACCGACAUCUUCGAGUCGCCCAACCAGGAGAAGCUCUUCCGUGGCGUGGAGUUCAUCAAUCAGUUCCUGCCCCUGUCGAAGCGCAUCAGCGGCUUAGGCUCCACGCAGACGCCAGAGAAUGUUGGCUCUGUCUAUGUACACUGCAAGGCAGGAAGAACGCGCAGUGCCACCUUGGUCGGCUGCUAUCUGAUGAUGAAAAACGGCUGGACCCCAGACGAAGCUGUGGAUCACAUGCGUAGCUGCCGUCCGCAUAUUUUGCUGCACACCAAACAAUGGGACGCGCUCAGAUUAUUCUACACAAAUAAUGUGGUGGCAAAGUCAUGACCUCAGGACCUGUACACAAUAGCACAAGAUGUUUAUUGCCUAGAUUAUCAUACGUAACUAGAACUGCCUGUUCCCACUUAUGUUACCCAACUAAUUGUUUAGGUGCAGUUGUUGAAAUACAUUUUUGUA